ACAAAAGGUGAUGUAGCCAGAACCUCAGUAGAUGCCGGACAAAAGUUUUCUGCUGGUUUUCCCGCUGCCUGUGGACACUCAGGGUCCAUUUUAAAAGGCCAGUUUCCAUCAGCAAAUCUCCUUGGCUGUCUUCCUUUUCUCUGCCUACAGGCCUGCUGGAGGAUCUGCGCCUCGUCUCUCCAAGGAUGGGGACCUUCUGCUCCCUCCUGGGGCUCCUGUUGGGCUCGGUGCUCCUGGUGGCCUCGGCGCCGGCCCCUCUUGAGUCUCACAGCUGUAGUGACAAGGAGCAACAGCUGACUGUCAGCCACACCUACAAGAUCGACGUGCCCAAGUCUGCCCUGGUCCAGGUGGAGGCUGACCCUCAGCCCCUCGGCGACGAAGGGGCCUCGCUGCUGGCCCUGGGAGAGGCCGAGGAGCAGAAUAUCAUCUUCAGACACAAUAUCCGCCUGCAGACACCGCAGAGGGACUGCGAGCUGGCAGGCCUUGUCCAGGACCUCCUGGCUCGGGUGCAGAAGCUGGAGGGCGAGAUGGCGGAGGUGAAGGAGCGGUGUGAUGUCCAGCGUUGCUGCCAGGGAGCUGCCGGUCAGGGCCCCCAGUGCAGCGGCCACGGGACCUUCUCGCAGGAGACCUGCGGCUGCCGCUGCGAGCAGGGCUGGGAGGGCGCCGCCUGCGAGGUGCCCUCCUGCCCUGGCGCCUGCAGCGGCCACGGGCGCUGCGAGGACGGCCGCUGCGUGUGCGAUGAGCCCUACGUGGGGGCGGACUGCGCCCACCCCGCCUGCCCCGGGAACUGCAGCGGGCAGGGCGUGUGCGUGCGCGGGCGGUGCCAGUGCCACGCGGACUUCACGUCGGAGGACUGCAGCGAGCGGCGCUGCCCCGGCGACUGCAGUGGCCACGGCUUCUGCGACACGGGCGAGUGCUACUGCGAGGAGGGCUUCACCGGCCUGGACUGCUCGCAGGUGGUCGCCCCCCAGGGCCUGCAGCUGCUCAAGAGCACGGAGGAGUCGCUGCUGGUGAGCUGGGAGCCCUCCAGCGAGGUGGACCACUACCUCCUCAGCUACCACCCCCUGGGCAGGGAGCCCUCCAGGAAGCAGAUACAGGUGCCCAAGGAGCAAAACAGCUAUGACAUCCUUGGUUUGCUGCCUGGAACCAAGUACAUAGUCACCCUGCACAACGUGAAGAAAGGGGUGCUCAGCAACCCCCAGCACCUGCUGGCCACCACAGAUCUUGCUGUGCUUGGCACCGCGUGGGUGACAGAUGAGACGGAGAACUCCCUGGACGUGGAGUGGGAGAACCCCCCAACCGAGGUAGACUAUUACAAGCUGCUGUACAGCCCGCUGACGGGGCAGGAGGUGGCCGAGGUCACAGUGCCCAAGAGCAGCGACCCCAAGAGCCGAUAUGACAUCACAGGUCUGCAGCCCGGGAUGGACUAUAAGAUCACAAUUGUCCCCGUACGAGGAGACCUGGAGGGCCAGCCCAUCUUCCUGAAUGGCAGGACAGAAAUUGAUGGCCCGACCAAUGUGGUCACUGAUCGAGUGACUGAAGACACGGCGGUGGUGUCCUGGGACCCCGUCCAGGCUGUCAUCGACAAGUACGUGGUGCGCUACACCUCCGCUGACGGGCAGUCCAGGGACACGGCCGUGCCCCGGGAGCAGAGCAGCACGGUCCUCACGGGCCUGACGCCUGGGGAGGCGUACAGAGUCCACGUGUGGGCCGAGCGGGGCGGCCAGGAGAGCAAGAAGGCCGAUACCACGGCCCUGACAGACAUUGACAGCCCCCAAAACCUGGUGACCGACCGCGUGACAGAGACCACGGUCACCAUCUCCUGGGAGCCGGUGCAGGCCGCCAUCGACAGGUACCUGGUGCGCUACACCUCCGCCGACGGAGACACCAGGGAGGUGCCCGUGGGGAAGGAGCAGAGCAGCACCGUGCUGACGGGCCUGAGGCCGGGCGUGGAGUACACGGUCCACGUGUGGGCCCGGAAGGGGGACCGGGAGAGCAAGAAGGCCGACACCAAGGCCCCCACAGAAAUUGACAGCCCAACAAACCUGGUGACCGACCGGGUGACAGAGACCACGGCCACCAUCUCCUGGGAGCCGGUGCAGGCCGCCAUCGACAGGUACCUGGUGCGCUACACCUCCACCGACGGAGACACCAGGGAGGUGCCCGUGGGGAAGGAACAGAGCAGCACCGUGCUGACGGGCCUGAGGCCGGGCGUGGAGUACACGGUCCACGUGUGGGCCCAGAAGGGAGACCGGGAGAGCAAGAAGGCCGACACUCAGGCCCCGACAGACAUUGACAGCCCCCAAAACCUGGUGACCGACCGGGUGACAGAGACCACGGCCACCAUCUCCUGGGAGCCGGUGCAGGCCGCCAUCGACAGGUACCUGGUGCGCUACACCUCCGCCGACGGAGACACCAGGGAGGUGCCCGUGGGGAAGGAGCAGAGCAGCACCGUGCUGACGGGCCUGAGGCCGGGCGUGGAGUACACGGUCCACGUGUGGGCCCAGAAGGGGGACCGGGAGAGCAAGAAGGCCGACACCAAGGCCCCGACAGACAUUGACAGCCCCCAAAACCUGGUGACGGAACGGGUGACAGAGACCACGGCCACCAUCUCCUGGGAGCCAGUGCAGGCCACCAUCGACAGGUACCUGGUGCGCUACACCUCCGCCGACGGAGACACCAGGGAGGUGCCCGUGGGGAAGGAGCAGAGCAGCACCGUGCUGACGGGCCUGAGGCCGGGCGUGGAGUACACGGUCCACGUGUGGGCCCAGAAGGGGGACCGGGAGAGCAAGAAGGCCGACACCAAGGCCCCCACAGACAUUGACAGCCCCCAAAACCUGGUGACCGACCGGGUGACAGAGACCACGGCCACCAUCUCCUGGGAGCCGGUGCAGGCCGCCAUCGACAGGUACCUGGUGCGCUACACCUCCGCCGACGGAGACACCAGGGAGGUGCCCGUGGGGAAGGAGCAGAGCAGCACCGUGCUGACGGGCCUGAGGCCGGGCGUGGAGUACACGGUCCACGUGUGGGCCCAGAAGGGGGACCGGGAGAGCAAGAAGGCCGACACCAAGGCCCUGACAGAUAUCGACCCUCCCAGAAACCUUCGUCCGUCUGCUGUGACCCAGUCUCAGGGGGUACUGAUCUGGGCACGCCCCUCGGCUCAGAUCGAUGGCUACAUUCUGACCUACCAGUUCCCAGAUGGCACCACUAAGGAGGUGCAGCUUGGACGUGGGGACCAGAGGUUUGAGUUGCUAGGCCUUGAGCAGGGCGUCACCUACCUUGUCUCCCUGGUGGCAUUCAAGGGUGAUCGCCGGAGCAGGAGUGUGUCCACCACCCUUUCCACAGUUGGUGCUCGUUUCCCACACCCUUCGGACUGCAGUCAGGUCCAGCAGAACAGCAACGCCGCCAGCGGCCUGUACACCAUCUACCUGCACGGGGACGCCAGCCAGCCGCUGCAGGUGUACUGCGACAUGGACACGGACGGCGGCGGCUGGAUCGUCUUCCAGCGGCGGAACACCGGGCAGCUGGACUUCUUCAAGCGCUGGCGGACCUACGUGGAGGGCUUCGGGGACCCCACCCAGGAGUUCUGGUUUGGACUCGACAAACUGCACAACCUCACCACAGGCACCCCCACCCGGUACGAGGUGCGAGUGGACUUGCAGACGGCCAACGAGUCGGCCUACGCCGUGUACGACUUCUUCCAGGUGGCGUCCAGCAAGGAGCGGUACCGGCUCACGGUUGGGAAGUACAGAGGCACAGCAGGCGAUGCUCUUUCUUACCACAAUGGGUGGAAGUUCACAACCUUUGACAGAGACAACGACAUCGCCCUCAGCAACUGUGCCCUGACGCACCAUGGCGGCUGGUGGUACAAGAACUGCCACCUGGCCAACCCCAAUGGCAGAUACGGGGAGACCAAGCACAGUGAGGGGGUGAACUGGGAGCCGUGGAAAGGACACGAAUUCUCCAUCCCUUACGUGGAGCUGAAGAUCCGCCCUCAGGGCUACAGCGGGGAGCACGUCCUGGGCAGGAAGAAGAGGACACUAGGAGAAAAUUCUAGAACGUUCUGAUGACCUGUCUGAGCAAUCAUCGCAUGAG